ACAGGUUAUUGCCAGUGUGUGUGUAGUGUGUGUAUGUGCCCGGUGUAGAUGCCACUGACUGAAGCGUCGGCGCUGUGUGGGAUUAGCCUUGUGCAUAAUUCCACUCAUAGCGCGGCCAGCUCUGAAACACAGGUGUGGGCUUGGCCCCAUAGAUGGGGAGCACUCCGAUCCAACUUACCAAGGUGAAGCUGGGCAAGCUACAGGUGGUACGCAGGCACCUGCUACAACGCUAUGAGUCCCAGCCCUUCCUCUCCUGCCUGGCUGGCCUCUACGGCUGCCAAUGGAGGCGCUACCAACGAACACGGUUCCUCCCUGGAGAAUUCUGCUGCAACAAGUUUGAAAUGUUCUCCUUUGGAAUCCUGGUGCUGACGUUUGCCUUGGCCUUUGUGCUCCUGUACUUCUGGAGUGAAGCGAAGAAUGACUACAAUGACUUUGACUGGAAUUUCUAUCGGGAUCGCUGGUUCCCCUGGUCAGCCGUGGUGCUGGGUGUGACGGUGACGUUUUUUACAUACAUCGCCAUCUUACUGGUUCUGGCGAUCUGUUUACUGAGUGAAAGCCAAAGAUUGUACCUAUUCUGGGGCCACAAGAUCGCGACUGUGUUGGUGUUUGCGUUCUCCGCUGUUGCUAUUGGCUUCCUCUACAGUCAGUGGCAAGAAGAAUGGAACACCUUUAUCAUCUCCUUUCAGGUCACAGCUCCGUAUCUGCAUGUUGGAGGUGUGGCAGUCUUGACCACACUCUCCUGGCCUGUGGCCCAACACUUCAGCAAGAUGACCGGCAAAGUAGCCAGAGUAAUCACCCUGGGGCUGUACCUCGCUGCUCUCCUGUUCCUCUACUUGGUUCCACUCGGCAUGUAUUCCUCUUGCAUCAAAGAAAGAGGGACCUUGGGGCCGAAGCCAGCGAUUAUUGGACACAGAGGAGCUCCGAUGCUGGCCCCCGAAAAUACGUUGAUGUCGUUUGAAAAAACCAUCGAGCAUGGUGGGGAUGGUUUGGAGACGGACGUCACCAUCAGUUUGGACGGCGUUCCGUUCCUCUUGCACGAUCCAACUCUGAAGAGGACGACCGACAUAGAGGAGGUGUUCCCCGGCAACCAUAGUCGGAAGGCUGCCUUCUUCCCCUGGCACCAACUCGCCCAACUCAAUGCUGGGAAAUGGUUCCUGGAGGACAAUCCGUUUGGAACCAAGCGCUUGUUGUCGGCGGCAGACAGGUGGAAGGCAGGCAGGCAGGGGCUGUGUAAGCUCACCGACCUGCUCACCCUAGCGUCUACACACAGCAAGCUGGUCAUCUUCGACCUGUACCGUCCCCCCAGGUCACACCCGUACCGUGACAGCUUCAUCAAGCAGACCAUCUCUGCCAUCCAGGACAGCGGCAUCAAACAGAACCUGAUCCUCUGGCUUCCCAACCCCCUCAGGCCAAUCGUGCAGCAGAAGAUGCCGGGGUUCAUACACAUCUACGGAGGGAAGCAGCCUGUCAGAGACCUGCAGAUGGACAGGAUCACCAGGAUCAAUGUCCGCUACAGCGAACUCUCCCAUAGGGAGAUCAGGAUGUACUCUGCAGCCAACAUCAGCACCAACCUGUACGUGGUGACUGAGCCGUGGAUCUUCUCGCUGGCCUGGUGCUCCGGUGCCCACUCGGUCAUCACCAACGACCCCCAGAGGCUGAGGGAACUCGGCCAGCCCUGCUUCCUCAUGACCCCCUUCCAGUACAAAGCGAUGUGGGUUUCAUCAGACAUCGUAUCAGCCAUGUUGGUCAUGCUGAUCUUUAUAUUCCACUGGUGGAGGGAAAACGGAUUUGCCUGCCAUCCGAGCGUGAAGGGGAGGGAUAAAGGGAUUUACAGCAAGUUCCGAACAGAGAUGAACAACGUGUGGUCUGUUUCCGAGGCCGAGCCCAUUGCCAUCCAGCCCAGCAACAACACAGCCAGUCUCCCAACGUCAGCAGUCCCAGGCCACGUUUAGACAACUCCCUGUGGACUGGAGCUGGACAAUAUUCGGCGGGGAUGUGUGUGGUGGUCUUCUGCCUGGAGGGAAUGUGGGAACGAGGAGAUGGAGGUCGACCAUCCGAAAACUCGAAGGGAACUAAGUCAUCCCACGUGGACGGAUACAUGGAAGGGGAAGGUUUAUCGAGUCGUACAGCAUUGAAACAGGCCCUUCGGCCCAUCUCGCCUAUGCCAACCAACAUGUCCCACCUGCACUCGUCCCACCUGCCUGCCUUUGGCCCAUAUCCCUCUACACCUCUUCCAUCCAUGAACC